UUGAUUAAUAGCAAUUAAAUGAGAUUUAACUAAUGGAAGCUAAUUAAGAUGAAGGAGGGGGUAAACCAAGCAGAAUGAGGGUUUGAUAAGUAAAGUAUGGGCGCAGGCGGCGGAGGAGAUCAAAUCAUCUCCCUAUCUACAUCAUUGGAACCAGCUAUACACCCUCAACCUAUAUAUGCCCCUGAUUUUUUCCGAUUCUCAAAUGAAACCAUAAAUCGAAGACAACUCCUCUAUAAACCCUAAAUCGAAGAUCCGAAAUUAAAUGCAAGAUAGAUGAAAUUGGAUCUAACGCGUUUAGGGCUUUAACUUCAUAGGAAAAGAAUUGUAUCCUGUCAAUAAUUUUGAAGACAAAAUAAAGAAAAAGACGCACUGAAGCUUACCGGCCAGAGACUCUUUCAGGGUUUGGUAUAAAGAUGGGAGUAGUUCAAAAGUUUUUCAUUGCAUCACUGUUCAUGUGGUCAGUCCCUCUUGCAAUAUUAUAUGCUUUCAACCAUAAUCUACUUUCUGAAGUAUUUUGACAGCUCAGUUAAAGGGUACGAAUUCACAAGUGAAAAACAGUUAUAACACAAAUCAAAGGAGGGUGUAGCAUCAAUUGUUUGAGCAGUUAGAAACCUGAAAGAGACUUCAUCUUCUUCAUCUUCUCAAUCUCUUUUCUUCAAGAACAUCAACACAUAAUCAUUCUUGUUCUUUGGAUUAAAGGAUCAACGAGAUAAUGUUUAGUGGAACGAUCAAGGAUCUAGCUGAGGUGUUCAGUGGAACGAUCGAAGAUCUAGCUGAGUUGAAGGUUGAAGGGGGUUUCGAGGAAAAACCAAAUGGUUUGUCCUUCAAGAACUGGAGUGUUCUUGCGGGUUUGUUAGUCACGUUUGCAGAACAGAUUCAGCCGUAGCGUAAGGUUUGGAAAUUGGGUAAUUUCGCAAACAGGUUGUGGAACCGGUGAAUUGUUUGCAAUUUCUUGCAGGAAAUUCUUGAUCGAGCUCAGAUCAAGUGGAGGUUUUAUACAAGAAGAAGAUCUUGGGAUUUAGAUUUCUGUCUUUGUAUUGCAACCUUGUAUCAACGAAUUCGGCAUUAUUGAUAAUAACAGUUCUCAAUUUCAUUUGAAAUUGAGAGGGAGACGUACCCACACGCGAGGACGACAGUGGGGAACUUCCUUACCAAAUCUCUGCGUAUCGUAUUAUUUCCUUAUCUCUCUUUACGUUUUCAACAGUUUUGUGAUUUCAGUUGGUGUAUUGUGGCUGUACAUUUCGUGAUACAAUAGUGGCAAGAAAACAUCUUUAUCUAAACUCCACCAUUGUUCAUCAUUGAUCACAUACACACCAAAUGUUCGACAAAACUGUCAGCUCAGUUUUAUUCAUUGGAAUUAGAAUUUAGUGAUAAGUGCAUUUGAUUUGAUAAUAUUUUGGUGUUAAUAAUCUCUAUCGUUCUAAUUCAAAUCCAGCAAUAAAUUCGCGUGUCCGGUUUUCUAGUAGCGGUUCAGAAUAGACGGAAGUCGAUUCGGGACUGUAAUUUUCCGCUAAGUUUCAAUAACUCUGAUAAGAAUUUUUAAAUCCGUUUAUUAAAAAGAGGUGAUCUAUUCACCCCCCUCUCGAUCACUAACCACACCGUCUAACAAGUGGUAUCAGAGCGCCGGUUCGCUGAUGUUCUGUGGCUGCCUGUAACGAUAUGGAUUAUGAACCAAAGGGGGCGUAUAAUAGAGCGCCGAUUUUCAACGGUGAAAAUUACGGCUACUGGAAAGACUGCACGCGAGUUCAUAUAAAUUCUGUUGAUAAGCUAGUAUGGGCUGCCAUUGAAAAUGGUCCUUUUCAAAUUACUAUGACAAAUGCAGCUGGCGUCAUAGUUCCUAAACCAGAAGGUGAUUGGAAUGAGAAAGAUGAGAAAAAGUGGUCGAGUGAUUGGAGAGCUCGAAAUAUGCUAAUUUUAGCACUUGGUGUUGAUGAGUAUUAUCGGGUAUCCCAUUGCACGACAGCUAAAGAAAUGUGGGAUGCUUUAGAAGUUACCCAUGAGGGUACUACUGAAGUAAAACAGUCCCACAUUAACACACUCAAUCAAGAGUUUGAGCUCUUUCGCAUGAAACAAGGAGAAUCUAUCUCCGACAUGCAAAAGAGAUUUACUCAUCUCACUAAUCGUUUGAAUGCACUUGGAAAACCUGUUUCCAAUGAAAUAGCUACUAAUAAAAUUCUGAGAUGUCUUAGCAGAGAAUGGCAAUAUAAAGUAACAGCUAUUAAGGAAGCAAACGAUCUAACGACACUUACGAUUACAACUCUGUUUGGAAAGCUGGAAGAACAUCAGCAAGCAUUAGAAAGUCUUGAAAAGUUUGAGAACAAAAGUAAGAAGGAAAAGGAGAAGAAGAGAGACAAAGAGGGAGAGAAGAAGCAAAUAGCUCUUGUGGCCUCUAGCUCUAAGUCCUCACGAAAAGAGCAAAGUGACAAUGAUUCUAGUAGUGGCAAAGAUUCAGAUGAUGAGGAAAUGAGACUUUUUGUAAGGAGAUAUAAUAGAUUCAUUCUAAAGAAUGGAGUCAAGCAUUCCGACAAAAACCUCAUGAAGUUUCGAAGACAAUCUACAGAUUCAAAACAGGAAGAGAAUAAGAAGAGUAGAGGAAAAUGAUAUUGUUUUAAUUGUGGUAAAUCUGGACAUUAUAAAACAGAUUGUCCUAUGAAGUAUAAGGAUAAAGGAAAAUCUCCACCAAAAGGGUACAACAAACAAAGAAGAACUUACAUUGCAUGGGAAAGUAAUAGUGAUUCAUCAAGCACACAAAGUUCAAGUGAUAGUGAUGAAACCGCAAAUCUGUGCCUUAUGGCUCACACCAAAAAUGUGUCCUACCACAAGAAGAAAAUCAAUGAUAAAAAGGUAAAACAAGCCUAUUAUAAUAAUUUCUCUUCUAUGUCUUUUUCUGAACUGAAAAUAGCUUUUGAAAAACUACAUAACGAAGCUGUAGAUGCAUUUAAAAGAUUAUCUUCUGAUAAACAAAUUUUUUCAUUUCUGGAAGGUAAAGUAUACAAAGCUGAAAAAGAUUUAGAAUGGUUAAAAGUUAGUAUUGCAGAAACUUCAAAAAAUAUUGACAUUGAUGGAUGUAAUAAAGUUGGGUAUUGUGAAGCUUGUCAUAUUUGGCAACAAGAGGAUGAGUGCCUUGCUUCCGUAGAUAGGAGAUGGUUUCUUGACAGCGGCUGCUCAAGGCACAUGACCGGUGACAUAUCGCUUUUUAUAGACUUCAAAGCAAAGAAGAAGGGAUAUGUUACUUAUGGAGACAAUAACAAAGGAGCUGUACUUGGCAAAGGUAGUGUAGGAAUUUCCAAUUUGUCCCCUUACUCUAUGACACUAGUGAGCGGAUUUCUUGCCGUCAUAUCUGUUAAUAUAGUCAUUGCAUUUUACAUAUAUUUGGCAAUGAGAGAACCCGCAGAUAAACAUGAGCCUGAUCCUAAAUUUCUUGCUGAGGCCAAAGCUAGUAUAAACCAGUCUACAGGAGAUGCUCAACAAUCUUCCCAGCCUCUCAAGAAACAGCAGUAGGUUGGUGUUCUUAGAUUUCUUGGUGGUAAACAUGAGUUGUUAUGUUCAUCUCGGGAAGGGGAGGGGAGAAUGGGGAUGAAGGAAGAAUGUCCUGAAUUGUGUGUUGAUGAUAUUUCUGUUAUGAAGUUUGCACACAAUCCAUUUUGUGCGCAACUUGUUUUCAUUAUGUUAGUUUUGUAUCAAUUUUAUUUAUAUAUUUUCAAGUUACUUUUAGUUCUGAAUA